GGCGCGGAGCUCGGGCGGCCGUGGAGAAGCCCAGCCUCGGCAGCGGGAGGCGCCGGGAGCCGGGCCGGCGGGAGUCGCGUGACAGGUGUCGGUCUCCAGCGCGGCGCCAGCGCGGGACCCGCGCCCGGGCAGGAGAGGGGCUUCGGGGCUCGCAGGCUCACUCCGGCUGCUGGCAAAAUGAAGGACCGGCUAGAAGAACUUGUGGAGUUGUCCAAGCGCUACGACCAGCAGUUCCCAGAUGGGGACGAUGACCUGGACUCGGCCCACCAGGACAUCGUGUUCGAGACGGACCACAUCCUGGAGUCCUUAUACCGCGACAUCCAGGACAUUCAGGAUGAAAAUCACCUGCUGAUGGUGGACGUGAAGCGCCUGGGAAAGCAGAACACUCGCUUCCUCACGUCCAUGCGGCGCCUCAGCAGCAUCAAGCGCGACACCAACUCCAUCGCCAAGGCCAUCAAGGCCCGGGGCGAGGGCAUCCACCGCAAGCUGCGCGCCAUGCAGGAGCUGAGCCAGGCGGCCGAGGCCCAGCACGGCCCGCACUCGGCCGUGGCGCGCAUCUCACGCGCGCAGUACAACGCGCUCACCUUGACCUUCCAGCGCGCCAUGCACGAGUACAACCAGGCCGAGAUGAAGCAGCGCGACAACUGCAAGAUCCGCAUCCAGCGCCAGCUGGAGAUCAUGGGCAAGGACGUCUCGGGCGCCCAGAUCGAGGACAUGUUCGAGCAGGGCAAGUGGGACGUGUUCUCCGAGAACCUGCUGGCCGACGUGAAGGGCGCGCGGGCGGCGCUCAACGAGAUCGAGAGCCGCCACCGCGAGCUGCUGCGACUGGAGAGCCGCAUCCGCGACGUUCACGACCUCUUCCUGCAGAUGGCGGUGCUGGUGGAGAUGCAGGCCGACACCCUGAACGUUAUCGAGCUCAACGUGCAGAAGACCGUCGACUACACCGGCCAGGCCAAGGCGCAGGUGCGCAAGGCCGUGCAGUACAAGAAGAAGAACCCCUGUCGGACCCUCUGCUGCUUCUGCUGCCCCUGCCUCAACUAGCCCGCAGCACACCCGGCAGCCUCUGCCCUGGCCGCCGCCCAGCCCAGGAGGGGACCCCCCGGGCAGCACGCUGGGAAAGCCAGCCAAAGCCAGGCCUCUGCACGCGGGGAGUCGCCUCAACUCCUUAAGGAACGCAGUCUUUAGGAAAGAACCCAGAGGUUCAAGAAUUCCAACCCAGCUGGUGCUUGGAAAGAUGGCCAAUGACGCCAAUGGUUCUUCAGUAAAGACGGAUUCCGACUGAAGUUACACACGUUACAACUAAAGUAUGACACAUGGCACUCUUACCCUCCCCACGGGGGAUUGAUACAUAACUAAUGUUGUUCCUGACUGUAGGGUAAAUGUCCAAGGCACUCCUAAUAAGGACUCAAGGAGGAAGUCAGUUUUUUCAUAGCAUGAACUUGUUAUGAAAGCUUCAACUUGUUUACUCUGCCCCCAAAACUCCUUGGUUCUAUUCCAUUGUGAGUGAAAUCGGCUUUGGGAAAAACCUUACGUCCUUCCUUCGUGAUGUUUCAUAUAGUUGGCGCUGUGUGAUUCUCUCCCAAUGUGGACCCUUCUGCUCCCUUUCCCUACUUACUAAAAUCACACUGAACACUUUCUAUUUCCUUAUCUCUUUCACUUUUGAUGUCAUCUACCGGAUUAUAUUUUUGUAUUCUUUUUCCCAAUAUUUUUAAGCACUGAAUAUUGAACAAGCACCCCAAUUGAAGUAUAUAU